AUGGAUAGUGGAAGUGUGGAGCCAGCCCCUAAUGGGGCUGUGCAUUUGGACACAGUAAGGGCAUUGCACCAAACUGUGGUGUCACUAAGAACUGCUUUAGAAGUGUCUAAAAAUGAAUUAAGGGAACUAAAAGAGAAGUAUGAACAACACUCACAGUGCAAUGAGUUUGCUGAUGUUAUAGAAAAACUAACUUUAGAGAACCAUAUACUCAGAAAGAAGAUAACUGAUUCUGGUCAAGAAGAUAAGGAUACUGAUACGCAGAGCAUAAAGUUGGCAGUAACAUAUAGUCCUAGAACACAAACAAAUGAAGAUUACACCAGUGAAGUAAUUAUUCAAACAGCUACAACUGAUGUUAAUACUACAGUUGAGACUUCAGAUCCUGUCUGUGUAAGUGAUACUGUAGAAGGGGUGCUAUUUUGCUCUUCUGAUAAACUUAAUAAAGCUUUUCAAGCACAACAACAAUCUUCUGAUUCAGAAAGUAGCACAGAUUUAAAAUCUCCCAUUGAACCUGAAGAAGAAGAAGUUCAAAAUAGUCAAGUGUCUAAUUUUCAUGAAGAAUCUGAAGACACACAACAACCAACAUAUAAAACUAAACUAGAACUGCUUUCUAAAUUUGAUGUCCGAAUUAAGGUACGAACUUUGAAAGAAGGAUCUGUUCCAUCUAGUACAACUUCGGACAGUGAUUCUACAGCUGAAGAUAAAAAAUCAGAAGAUAGCACAAAAUAUCCUAAAACUACGUUCCAAUUUGAAGAAAAGAAAGAGCAUUUUGAAAACGCUGAAGAUCCUAAAGGUAACAAAGUUAAUAUUAAAGCCGCAACUAUAGAAAACAUAAAAAUGGCUGUGCCAAAUGAGGCCGAGUCCAAAUCAAAAGUGGACAAGUUGGAUGUACAAGUCCGGAUAACAUCUGAAGAAAACUUAAUUGUUAAAGAACAUUUUGAGAGAAGUAGAAGGAAAGAUACUCUAAAUUUGGAUGUAGAUGAUUUGAGCCUUCGCUCUAUGUCAGAAGGAGACAACUCUGUGUUUUCUGAAGGUGUUGUCACUCCUAUGGAUCCAACUGCUGGCGCUGGAGUUGAUGAGAAAUUAGAGCAAGAAAAUGCUAGUGGUAAUGAGUCAGAGGAAGAGGAUUUAGUAUCGAUACGGGAGUCUGAUCAAUGGGGUCCGUCAUCCGUUUCUACGCAUUCUACCCACUCCACUCCAGUGCUAAUCAAAUUCCACACUCUAGACCCUGACUUCCAGCCAGGUGGUGAGACCAAAGAUAACGCCGAGAAUGAAAAUGAAGAGAACAGUAGCAUUCAAGGAAUUAUCGCCGAAUCUUGUCUAAGAACAAAAAGGGUAUCACUUCCCAGUGAUAAAGAAAUUCGACACGUCGCUUUCAACAGUAAAGGGAGCUUGGAUUUGCCUGGACGAGGUAUCCUAAAGAGCUACGAGAAUAAGUCUGAUAAUACAUUGUAUAAAAAAAGUCCUAAUACAAGUACAAGGAGACUGGACAGUGUAGACAGUUUGACCUGCGAGUAUAAUAGAGGUCUAAGCUUCGAUAAUACAAAGUCUUCGAGCUUCGAGCUCGGCUCCAGUAUGGACAUCCUGCAUAGAGAAGAAAGCGUGGAUAGUUUUCAGAAGCCCCAUCAUCUUGGACACCGUUUUUCAGUGUUUGCCGAAACUGAUAUAUCAAAAUGCGGUAUCUCGGAAGAUGAUUUGGCUAUGAAUUUGAAUAUGAGGAGGAAUACCUGCCCUAAUCCAUUUCAAUAUAGGCCUACUGGGUAUCGCAGUUCAGCCCGGCCCGUUGGUCCACUGAAGGCGGGGGCGGGGGGGUUGUCGAGUCGUCAUAUAAGACCAGUAUUGCGUGAAGGAAGCGCACCGCGUAGGAGUUCCGCCGCACAGACUGAUGUCUGUGCGUUACCUAAUCGAUGGAGUUCUGACGGAUAUCUGGCACAUAAGAUGUGGCCGCCGCCAUCUUUACCACCUCCGUUGCCCCGGCGUGUGUCAGCGGCGGGCGCAUCGUCAGUAUCGUCGCGGCGGCUGACUGUGCCGCACGCGCGCCUGCCGCCCGCUGCGUCCGACGAAUCACGCCCUGUGCCACUCAGCGAUAUCGGUUAUCCAGAAUCCCGACCGUGGCGCAGCUCGUUGCCGGACGUCCGCUAUGACGACACCGACGAGUUGGUGCACGAGGCCGAGGUGUUUCUGCGACGUUCCAUAGACAAUCUGCGGUACACCUCUUUAGAUCGUGAGUAA